GGAGAAGGUACGUUGAGGCGGUGAGUGUGAUCCGUGAUUCUUCGCGGUACGCGACGCGUCCAAGAAUGCGCUGGAAGCCGGGUAGAAGUGCUGAAUGGAACUUGGGGCAACCGGUGUCCCGCGAGUUCUCCUUCUCGUCCACGAGCCGGGGUGAGGCGUCGCCAGUGCAGUCCCCCACGGCCGCCUCGCCGCCAGCCUCCGCUGGCCUGCGGCUGGCCACACCGGGCCGCGGACAGGCGCACGCCGCAUCCGGCGCCGCGUCGCUGCCUCGUCCCACUUCCCCUGCCCCUGGCGCGGCCACACUCGCGCACACCUCGACUCCACUGGCGUCGGCGGCGUCGCGAGCACCUGCUGCACCUGUUGCCUCGCGGGGAGCCGCCACACCUUCUCCUAUCUCGCGCGACGGCAGUGCCAUCCAGAGACAUCUGUUGGCGGACGGAGACAACAGCUUGCAGAAAGCCGCGCUGCAGGAGCGCCACCAUCACCAUUUGCAACAGGCUUCCGGCAGCGACACCGGGAGGUCGUCGCCGUCACAGCCGCAGCCGCAGCCGCAGCAGCUGGAGCUGGAGCUGGCGUCGGUGUGGGUGUCGUCGUCGACGAUGACUGCGUCGGAGGGCUCGUCGUCGGCGGGCACGACGGCGACGUCCUCGACGGCGGUGCUGGCGCCGCCCAGCCGGCCGUCGUCGCCGGGCAGCUGGGCCUCCAGCAACCAGCAGCUGGUCGCCGCCGCUGCCGCCGCCUCCGCCGCCGCCCCCGCCACACACCCGCCAGCGCCCUGCUGCCAGAAAUCCUGUCAAUGUCUUUCUGCUGUGGUCAACACAUUGACAGCACUUUCCUUUGCUGCAAGCUUUGGAAACAUCACAAGAUUGCCACGUAUUGCCAUACUCCAUGGAGGUGUGCCUUUUCUAGUGGCAUAUGCAAUUGUGAUGUUGGUUCUGGGAAUACCAUUAUCUUUCUUGGAAAUUGGAAUUGGACAGUUCUGUCAUGAGGGACCCAUCAAACUUUGGAGAGCUGUUCCACUUUUCAGAGGUGUUGGUUAUGCAAAACUCUUCCUUUGUGUAUUGACUGGACUGUAUUAUUCACUCAGUGCAGCAAUUGCUCUAUUUUAUGCAGUGUGGAGUGCAAAGGGCCCAUUUCCAUUUUCAGAAUGUGUGUCAGCUGACAAUAAUAGCGAAAUUGGAUUUCCUGCUGAGGACUGCUUACAGGAUACUUUCCUCACACCAGUGCAGAUGGAUCCACUCUGGUUUGGGAUCUUAGCUGCUUUGUUGUUCUUGUUCUGGAUAAUCCGCACAGUGUGCAUAUGUGGAUCAAAGCAGUCAUACAGGGUAGCAGCAUCAAUACUCUUCUUGUUUAUUAUUUCUGUCCUGGCUGCACUCCUAUUUGAAUCAUUUCUUAGAGACACAGAUAUUGCUGGUCUCAAAGAAUUCCUAAAAGUUGACUGGAAUAGCCUAUUGGACUUUAGGGUGUGGUACAUGGCCCUUGUACAGAUGUUCUUCUCUUCCCACCUUGGAUUUGCAAGCAUCAGCACACAGGCUGGCAUAAUAUACCCCAAGCACAGUGCUCUAUGGUUGUCUUUCUCACAGAUUUUGCUGUCACUGAUUGUGGGAUUGGCAAGUGUAGUCAUAGCAGUAUUAUGGCAGGGGCAGUUGACUACAUCUGCUAACAUACAAACUAAUGAACCAUUUUUCUCUGAAGUGUGGUUCUUGACACUUGCAUAUACUGCAUCAACAAAUGUGAUGAGUGCUUCAGAGCAGAUAUGGGCCGUGUUUAUUUUCCUUGCCAUUGUUGCUUCGGGGCUUCUGUCUGUGUGUUCAUUUUCCAUUGCCGUGACACUGGGCAUAUGUGGUGAAAUGAGUAAGCGUUGUAGAUGGUGGCAGUCAGUCAUUUUAACAUGUUUCAUUAUGGGAGCUAUUGGAAUACCGUGCUUCCUAUUGAAUGAGCUUGAAAUUGUGCAUAUCCUUGAUCACUAUGUUACUGGAAGAGCUGUCAUAGCACUGACUGCACUGGAACUAAUAGGGCUAGUAUGGAUAUACGGUAGCACAAAUGUCUACAAUGAUUUUGAGUUUCUUCAGGGUAACAGAUUAAACCCACUUUGGAAGCUUAUGUGGUACAUCAUUCCAGUCUUACUAAUAGCUAUGGAAGUAGCAUCCUUCGUCUUAAUGCCUCUUACAGGACCCAAGGAAAUGGUUCCAGACCAAAUUUGGAUUUACUGCACUGGAUGGGCUGUUUAUGCCAUUGUGUGGGUUGUAAUAAUAGCUAUGGCUGUACGCCAAGUGGCAGUUCAGGUUGACUACAAUCUGAAGCAAAAAUUAUGCAGCACACUGAAGCCUUCCCGUAACUGGGGCCCUGCAGACACACUUUACCGACACCAGUGGCUGAGAUGGCGUGAAUGGAGCAGCAAACCUGGACAGCCAAAGGACUUCUCAUUAAAGCGCCAGGGUACCAAGGACUAUACACAUUCUGUUGUCCGAAAUGGUUCAUCAUUACAUGUUCGUCCUGUACAAAGGCCAUCAAUGAAUGGAGAGAGGACAGUCAUGCGGGAACCAUAUAAAUUGGAAACCAAUGGACAAGAACAUGUGUGCUGGCGAGGUACAGCUAGUAGUAAUGCAACUUGAGUGUUAUAGUUGUGAUAUACAUUCACAACCAAGUAAAGUCUGUGAUACUAGUUCCUUAUCAGAUCAACAUACUGUGUAUCAAGCAGUAUGUCACAUUUGAGACAUUCACAAGGUGUGAAUUUAUACUUCCGAUCAUUGAAAUAUAUUAUCCAAAAUUCAACUGGAUGAAAGCCAGUUGUGCUAAGGAGAAGAAAGAUUAAUUACAUAAUUAAUUAAUCUCAUAAUAUACCAAUGCUCAAUCAUUAUAAACUAUAUUCUCAGUUUAUUCCAAUGAAAGACUAUUUAUAUAAUUCUGUUGGACUGGGUACUGAUGUGGCAAUUCUUAUGGACAUUUUUGAACCAGUUAAAUGAAGAUAAUUAAGACAUGCAGUUUUAUGCAAGUCUAUACUAGAUUCAUCGAUUGUCAUUGACGUGAAUGGCAACUAUUGUACUUUAUGUAAAUUAAGUUUUGUGUAAAAAGUUACUCAUAUUAUUCAUCAGAUUUAAAUAUCUAGUCACAACUGUUCUGCAUGGAAAACAUACUUAUUUAAGUUCAUCACUACAGCUGAAAAUUUGUCUAUUUGAUGGCAAAAUAUGUAAAAGUGGAAUUAAAUAUCACAGCCACAAAAUGAGAAAGAUUAAUAGUUAUAACUUGUGUAACUCUACUUGUAAGCAAUAGCACUGAUGCAACAUGGCAAAGAAUGUAAGACUUCUUUGCUCUCCUGUUUCCUUUUUUUGUAUUAAACUACUGCAAAUUAUUUUUAGUUACAAGGAUGCACAGGAAAAGUAUUCAUAUAUGUGAAUUAACAGAAGAAAUGUGGUGGUGCAUUCUGAAACAUGAUGUUUUGUGUGUUAAUGAAAUAUCCAAGCAAUAUGUUAAAGCUGUCUGAAACAGCAGUGUAGACGACUUAACAUGUUUCUGUUUUGUUAAAUUGCUCUUAAGAAAAAGCAAUAAUUAAUUAGUAACUUUGCGCAGCUGCUAUUCAUUAACACUUGUACAAAUUUGGAAGUGUUCUUAGGAAAGUGUUCUAAGGAAAGUGAGACAAUAAGGAGGUGUAAUAGUAAUGCAAUUCCAGAAAAUUUUACACAUAUAGCCUUACUAUAAAGACAUGCAAAUAGUUCCAAGCUGGAGAACAGAACCAAGAAAUGUUAAGUGUGAGGAGUGAAUAUUAAUCAGUGUGAACGCAUACAGCUUUUGGUCUUUGUGAUAUUAAACUGUGAUAUCAACAGAUAGCUGUAGAAAAUUGUGUAGCACAGUGAACUUUGUAAGAUAUGAAAGUGUGUAUUUAUAAAUAAUUUAUAUAAAAUUGA